UAAUUUAGUUCCAGGAUCAUUUUCCGAAGAAUUUUCUACUGGCUACCUGCUGGGAGAACUGCUACACAAAUAUGGUCUUCAGGAUGACUUCAGUCAAUUUUCACAGAGCAGGGUUGCAAAUGCAAAACUUAACAAUUUUUCUCGCCUGGAGCCCACUCUUCACCUCCUUGGUGUACAGUUUAAUGAGAAUGUGGCCCAAGACAUCAUGAUGGGACAGCAUGGGGCUGCAACAAAGCUUUUAUAUGAAUUGUAUAUUGCUUUAGAAAAAAAGAGAAAGGCAAAGCUUACUGGAGUAGCCAUGGAAGCAAUGAGGCCUUCAGCAACUGCAAAGCUCAAGUCUGUUGAAAGUGUUUUGUAUCAAGAGCGUUUGAAAACUUUAACACCACGUCAGGCUGAUUUGCAACUACAGAAAAUUUCAGAGCAUUUUGAAAUGAAAUCUAAGGAAUUAGAAGACAAAAUAGCUCGUAUACAUAUUGCAGAAAACCAGAAAGUUCAGAAGCACCAAAAGGAACAAAGAGCCCAAGAAAUUGAAAAGCAUCGUAUAGGAAGAAGGAGACAACAUGAAAUAAUGGCCAGGAUUCAAGCAGCCGUUAUACAGAUUCCAAAGCCACCACCAAGCCACACUGUAAAAGCUACUGAAGCCAAAAAAUUCUUAAAGGAGAAAAGAGAAGCAGAG